AUGUGUUUGAUCGUAUUGCUUGCUCAAACUACCCGUUCCGAACAGAAUACUCCUCACGAACAAGGCACAUGGGAACGUAAAUCCAGAAAGCAAACAGCACUACUAGGAUUCCCUCUGCACCCCCCUUGUGACACCACUGGCAAUACCGAUUUCAAGAAACAAUCGCCUGGGUCAUCCCUCCAAAUGUCUGCCGACCGCCCAAACACUUCCUUGUGA